AUGAUUCGCGCCAAGCAGCGGCAGCGCUUGCAAGCCGCAGCACGUGCCUUGCUAGUACUAGUAAUUCUGCUACCGUUACGGGGUGUAGCAACGUCACGGGCGCUGGCAGCGCUAUCCAUGCCAGAGAUGGCGGGGGGUGGACGCGAGUUUACUCAGAUGGGCCCGUACUCCGUGUCGUCCUGCGGCACACGGGUGGAUCUGGCAUCGCCGAGUGUCCCGUGUAAAGCGUCUUGGUAUGCAGACAUCGUCAGUCACGUGGCGUCUUGGGGGUACGUCGUACUGCAGUACGACGGCGAUUGGAACGCCUCAUUGGCAUUGGGCGAGCGUGGAGAGGUGGCGUAUCUGGAUCCCUUGCUGGAAUGGUUGGAGGAUAAGGCCCCCUCCGUGGCCGGCUGUGCGGAUCUCAAGGGCGCGGUGAACUUCACCAGAUCGGCCGUCAUGGGCCAUAGCCGCGGCGGCAAGAUGGCAGCGCUCCUUUAUGCCAUCGAACCUACUAACCUCACCAACAUCGUCACAGCUGUUCUCCUGGAUCCAGUGGAUUGCGCUGGCCUGGAAGGCAGCCGGUAUCCAUCCGCCAUUGCAAAGCUGGUGGGCCUCGGGCAGCAAAAUAACAACUUCAUCAGCUGCGGUGACACCAUUCCGCAGCACGGACGCAGCAAUCUGUCCGCCGCCAUUAUCGGUGCCGGUUAUCAUGUGGGGCGCUGCAAUCCCCAGGGCUCGAACUAUCAGUCCUUCUUCGACGCCUUUUCAACGAACAGCUUAAAUAUUCUAUUGAAGGAGGCAGGCCAUAUGCAGUUCGCGCAGUCGGACGACCCGAACUACGUCGAGUUUGCGAAGAUUUGCGGUGGGAAUGGCAACAUUACCAAUGAGGUAUGCAUGCCCACGCGCGCACGCAUGUCGUUACGAUUGGCGGAACUCAUUCCCGUUUGCAUGAGGGCGAGGUACAAGAAUCUGCUUUCAGGAUUUCACACUAUCGUUGCCUUCCUUAUUUUUUUUAAAGCCUUCAAUGUGCGCGAGGUGUAUAAUAUUUUUUAUUUAUGUCUGCUGCCGUUUAAUGGUUUGGCUGCUGCUGCCACGAAGUGCACCACAAUAAUCGAUUAG